ACCAUGGGCAUCUUUCCAUGGCCUCCCCCGCUGCUGUGCCGUUAGCAGACUUUAUAGAAUCGCAUCCGUUGCCGCUCGCCCGCGCGUGCGUCUUUGCCCAACUUGCUGCUGCCCUCGCUGCUCUUCACGCCUCCGGCCGUGCGCAUGGCUCGCUUGGGCCCGAUGCUGUGGUCGUGAACAACGCAACCGGCGACGUACACGUUGUACCGCCGCUCGACACCUACUCUGUCCCGCAUCCUGCUGACCUUGUUGCACUUACGGCGCUCACCGAAACGCCUGACGGCUUAACGGCAAGUGACAUCGUUGCCGAGAUCGUCUCGUCGCUGGACAACCCGCUUGACAUGCUGGCUGUACUUCGAGCCUGUUUCUCAGGCGAGUGCCCUGCCGACUUGGCCCCGUGCCUACCACUCGGCGACCUGUUUCUUCCGCUGGUCAAGGCGUGGCUCGCAAGUGACGCAUCGCGCGCCAUCCGCGAGCAUCUUGUCGAGGAUCUUUGUGGCUCGCUGGUUGAUGACGCGCUGAUGCGUCUUGACACAGCCCAUGCUAGUCUUACGGCGAUCUUUGCAGCUCUUGCCAGAUGCCUCACUCGCGCCAUCAUUCCGUUCGAGCUUGCCGCCAACGUCAAUGACGGCGCCGUCUCGAUGCCGAUCCUUGUCUUGGCCUGCAAGUUGUCGUCACAUGCUGCGCUUUCGAGCCUGCCGACCAUCCGGCGCCUCCGUGCCUACUUUCUGGCGCUCGAGGGCGAGCACCUUGGCGCCCUCGCCGUCUCUGCCCUGGCACUCUCGAUCAGCCGCGGCUACCUUAGCAGCACCCGCCUCGCGGCGCUCUUUAUUUCCGAGGCCGUCACCAUUCUGGACAGCCUCCUCGCCGACGCAGUCGACACCGCCCCGAUCAACUCUGACGCCACCUCGGUCCGUGAUCUGGACAUGGCAGCUCCAAACAGUCUGCUGCUGGUGGUCACCGAGGCAGCCUUCACAUCGGUCCUCUCCCACUACGUCAGCGCGGCCGUGACCAAUCCUGUCCCACUCUCGCUAACGACCUUGAGCCUAUCGCUCGUCCCGUCGGUCCUUACUUCCCCGGCAGAGUUGCACACCGCCUUUGACCGCCUCCUCUUUAUGACUCACACCAUGAUCCGCCUCCACCGUUUCGAUUCAGCAGCUUCGGUCCUGGACGCCGCCAGCGAGCUGGUCACCGCUUAUCCCGAGCUGGCGUCGCAAUCCUCUUGUCUCGCUGCCGAGCGCGCACGCCUGCGUGACGAUGAUGUAGCCGCUGCUGCAGCAGCAGAGCUCGCUGCCGCGGAGGUCCGCGAGCACCGCGGUAUUCUCUCUUUCAUCCGCGCUGCCACUGCGCUUGUCGCCGGCGGCGAGCUUAGUGGUUGCUCUCUGCUCCACGACCCGCUCCCCGACGUCCUCCCGCCGUAUUACCUUCGCAAGGUGGCAACCCGCCUUGACAGUCUCCCGCUUGACGAUGAGCUUGCUGCCGUCCUCGCCGGCCCGCUUGACGUCGCUUCGUUUGUCGUGAGCGUCCUCCAGGCUCCGGCGCUCCAGGCGAGUGUGGCCGGCCCGCGGGGCGCGUUUAUUGUCCACGAUGUCUUCCACGCGCUUGCCAUGGCCUUCCUUGAGCUCCUUCUUGAAAAAGCCACCCUCAUCCUGGGCAUUCCGCCGUCUGCCUUUACUUUGGUUGGCCUCGGCUCGGUGGCCCGUGGCGAGAUGGCUCCGUUCUCCGACCUGGACAUUGUGUUUCUCGUCGAGCCCGAUAUCGUACUCGCGCCUGAAUGCCCCUCCCUCCCCGCCGGUGGACGGGAUGACUACUUUCUGCGACUCGCACAUCUCCUCGAGCUCUUCCUGCUCACUGUCGGCGAGACCGGAUACCAGCUCGGGCCGGUCUCGUCGUGGUCGCCGCGCGGCUUCCGCCUCGAUGAGGCCGCGCUCUCGCCGCUUGUCACACGGGCUACGCCCGCUUCGCUUGUAGCGAAGCAGCGCCGCGAGCUCAUUUCGCUCCUGACCCCGCCACUCGACUCGGACUAUCUUGAUCCGAUCGCGCACUCGCUGCGGACAGCUGCGUACAUUGCAGGUGACGCCAAUCUCUUCACCUCAUACAAGAAGGCGCUCGACGCAUUCUUUGAUCGCCGCCUCAUGGCCACGCUUGUCGAGACAGAGGCAGGCGUCGCUGUGUGUGAAGAUGCCGCUCUCGCCCUCCACCCCGACACUCCAGUCCGCCGGGCGUAUGCGCUCCUUGCCCUCGCCAAGAACACCGGCGCAGAGCGCACGUUCUCACCGUGGCUCGUCGACCGUGCUCUGUUGGUACCGGAUGCCGAGGUGACGGUCGACGUCAAGACCGACCUGCAGCGCUUUCCCAUGCUGCUUGUGGACGGUCUCGCGCUCUUCUUCGGCGUGUCUGCCGUCUCGACUCUCGCCCGCCUCGACGCGCUCUAUGACGCCGGCGUCUUUAACGUUGCUGUUCGCGACGCGCUGGUCCAUGCUUUUGGCUUUGCGCUUGGCCUUCGGAUGGUGGCCCAGCUCGCGCGAGGCGAGGAGAACGACGUGCUUCUCCCAAGCAUGGCGACGCCAAAGCUAGUGGCUGAGAUCCGCGAGCUUGUAGCCAAAGUUCUCUGCCCCAUCCAGACCAUGGCCUCUCACUUUGUGACGGGCAUGAUCGAGACACUUGCUCGCGAGUCCAAGCCCGUAUUCGAGCCAGGUACCCUUGUCCGCCUCCCUUUCCGCGACUUGGGGUACCUGACCGAGACGCGGUGGCGGGCGUCGCUCGAUGACAUUUCCGACGUCAUGUACUCGUUUGGCCAGCUCGAUCCCAAUGCUGUGUACACCGGAUUUGGCCUCGGUAUGGGCUCUGUCACCUCGUGGUGCUCGCUCGGCAUCUCGGCCCAUCGUGCCGAGAUGCCGAGGUGGCGCGACUUUCUCGACUCGCGCGAUGCGUUCUGCGCCGCCGCCGCUGCCGAGGACAACGGUGCCUACUUUUACUCGGCUUGCUCCGAUGAGGUCCGGAAGCUCCGUCCGGACGCCGUGGCGCAGCUCUUUUCUGGCUCCACCGUCACCCGUGCCUACGACCACGGUGUCCGUGCCGUUGCCACUGUCGGCAACUUUCACUUUAAGCUCGACCCGGAGCUGCCGGCCAUGGAACUCGCGGUCCACGUCAUCGGCCGGGUCCUCUUCCGCGGUAACCGUACGAACGCAUCGCCACAUCCCGGUGGCACCCCGCGGGUCGACGUCAUCAAGCUCUACUUUGGCGCCGAGGCCCACUACUUUCUCGUGUCCGAGACUGUCGCCGGCCCAACACUCAAGCAACUCUGGGCCUCGGCCGGUCACAACGUCGAAAACUACGAUGCUGCCCUCUCGCGAGUCGACACCCCGAUCUCCUACGACCCGUUUUCGUUUACCCAGCAAGUAUUGCUCGCGCUCGUCACCAAUCCCGAAGACGGCAAAGAGGACAACUACGUGUGCGAAGCGGUUGACCCCGAGCAACUGGCCUACCGCAUCGUGCCCAUCGACAACGAUCACUCGUUCGUUUCGGCUGUCACCAAGUCGGGCUUCUUUUCCAAGCGCAUCCCGCGCCUCAAGUGCAUUCUGUUUUGCAUGCAAGAGAUGCACGACGCCGUCGACGCUGACCUUCGCGACUACAUGCUGUAUUCGGUCCACGCGGACGCGCUUCUCGACGUCUGGGUCGACGUGCUCGAGGCCAUCGACGCCCGCAUGGCCUCGUUUGAGCUGCCGCAUGUCCGCAAGGACAUGGCCGAUACCGAAGGCAAGCCGACACUCGACGUGCUCUUCAAGCCCGGCCUCGUCCACGUCCUUUACCACAAGAUCACUCUCAUCCAGGAAGUUCUCCGCGGCUCACGCGUCACACACAUGCAGCUUUUGGGUGCUGUUGAGCACGAGCUCAUGACCCUCUAUGCACGCGCCUUCCAGGAGGCCAUGAACCCGUGGGCGCGGUUCCACCUUCUCACCGAGUCACAGUACAAGCGCGGCCGGCGCGGCCUGGUCACGCUCACGCCCUCGCUCGUCGUCCGUCGCGAACAACAGUGCCGGGUGGUGACCACCGCCGACGAGCGAACCUCCUCGCUUUGGGCUGACCUCACCAUGGUCUCACCGGCCGACCUCCGGUCCGAGCUCAACGAUCUCGCCCACGAGCAGGCCGACGCCGCCGUCACCGCGCUCUUCUCGCGCUCUGACCUGCGCCCUUUCCGUGCCCUCCGCCUUCCUCUCUUCAAAGAGGCUUUUGUGGAGCGCCUUAACUUUGGCCUCUUCUCAUUCCCGGCCAAGCUCCAGCGCGAGGUUCUCAAGGCCCUUGUCGGCACCCUCUUCCGCAAGCUUGUCCUUGCCCAUUGCGUUGAGCUCGACGACAAGUCGCUCGCCCGCAUCAUCGGUCGCUGUGACCACCUGCAGUGGCUCGACGUCUCAUACUGUUCCAAGCUUGUCACCGUCGGCUCGGUGGCCAAGCUCGCCGCUGCCUCGAUUUGCCGGCUCGACCUCCGCGGCUGCGCCAACGUCCCACUCGCUGUUGUCGUCGACAUUGAGGCCCGGUGCCGCUCGCUCUCGUACCUGGCCCUGCCCGAACAACUCGGUGCCGGCCUUCUCGACGCCGAGCACCACGUCCCGCUCGACCCGCGGUUCUUCCUCCACGGCCAGCCGGACCUGGUCUGGUCGCAGCUUGAGCCGCGGCUCCAGUUUGGCCUCUCGCUCCUGGUCCCGCCGCAAGCCCUCACUCAGCUCAACAAGUACGCCAAGCGGCUGCGGAUGGAUCUUUCCGGUGCCGACCUCCGCGACCCUAUUGUCCGCAACGUGGCUAAGGUUCUUCCUCACACCUCGGCCGUCGUUUCAGUCAACAUUGCGUGGAACCGCGUCUCUGGCCCGGUCCUCGUCGAGCUUGCGCAGGCCUUUGCCGCCAAUCCGCUCAUCUUUGCAUGCGACAUCUCGUUUAACGGCCCAGCUGCGCCCGACGAGCUCGCUGCACUUGCCGACGUCGACGCUGCGCUUGCUACUACUAACGCACUCGAACUCGAGGCCGUCGGCGAAGACCUCGACGCACUGGCCAAGCUCCGUUUGCGGAAUCUUGUAUGGAAUGGCCUCGCCGACUCGUACCACAACAGCCUCUGCCGCAAGCUCCUGCGCGAUCGAUCGCCACACUUGCUCUACAAGUCGCUGGCCUUCAAGCGUGUGGCCCAGUUUGGAUUCUCCCUCCCGGCGCCUGUCACCACCGCGCUCGAACUUGUCGACGGCCGCAUCGUGCUCGGCAUGACCAACGGUAGCUGUGUUGUCUAUCGCCCGCCAAGCGAUCUCCCGCCGACGUCUGCUGUCACCGAGGUGCUCUCGCCGGAAGAAGUGGCCGAGCGCGCCAGCGCACAGGCUUCCCGCGGCGCAGCCGCAAGUGCUCACGCCGUCGCUGUCGGCCCGUUUCCUGGAUACGACUCGCCGGUCACUGCCGUUGCUGAGUCGGACCGGGGCGCGCUUCUAGUCGGCACAGCUGCAGGCGACGUCCUCGUCCUCCAGGUUGUCGCUCGCGACCCUCGGUCGGGUGAGGUCAUCAAGUGGCAUCUGGUGCGGACACUCGACCGCUCGACGUAUGUGCGGUCGUCGGCCGGCAGCGCCGGCGGAGCUCCGAGCGAUGAGCACCCGAUCGGCCGGCGCGACCCGACCGUCAAGGCGCUUGUGGCCCUGCCCAAGAAGCGGGUCCUGGUCCUCAUCGAAGGCUCAGUCCUUGACUACAAGACGUCGACCGGGGCACGGGUUGCCCUAAAGGCCGACCCGUCGCUCCCCGCGCUCGCGCAGUACCGAUUUGCCGAGUUUGGCGAGCUCAUCCACGCGCUGGCACCGCUUGCUGACUGGCGUAUGGUCACAGCCUCGGCCAAAAGUGUUGUCGUGUGGCUCCUCCUUGCCGACGGCACCGGCUGGUCGCUGGUGGCAAGCGCCAAGCUUGGUGGCGUCACGCACCUUGCUAUCCUUCCGAAUCAGCGUAUUUCGGCGCUGGCCUGCGGCGAGCGUGGCGAGCCGUUGCGGGUCGUUACGCUGGCUCUAGACAGCGAUGCAAGCCUGCCCAAGCUGGUACAGAUCCAGGAGAUGCCUGCGCCUGGCACAGCGACUCCGCGUGGUCUCUGUGUCUCGGGCUCGGGCUUGCUCGCCUCACACUGGGCUGGCGCGGCCGGGAACCCUGCGCGGCUCACCCUUUGGGACUCGCGCGAAAAGCCGUUUAUGGUCCAGGCGGCACAGAGCCGGCGUGUUCUCCGCGACACGUCGGCCGCCGCCGCAUCACGGGGCGCCGGUGAUACCGUCAACGUCCAUCACGAGCAAGGCCUCAUUCCCGUUCUCGCGCUCGAUGUGCCUGAUGACUCGAGCUUCCUACUCGUCUCCCGGCUCGCGCCUGUCAUCUACGAGCUCGACGUCUCGUCGCUCGCGCUCUGGGCGCUUCGUGGCGCAAACGCUUAAACCCGUCGGUGAUG